GCAUGUUUCUGUGUCUAGGAUCUCUCUCUGAUCAAGCAGACAGUUCAGGAUUCGGGGCCGAGGAUGAAUGUUCACCGUGGCAGUGAUGGCGACAGGUUACUGCGGCCUGAGGUGUCGAAUGAUACCAUAGCUGCGGCUCAAGAAAAAGAAACAAACAGCCUGGCUUCAGCUGGUCUUCAUAAUCUCACUUACCCCGUAGGUGCCAGGAGUGAAGAUCUUUCGCUUGACUAUGCCUCUCUGCCAGCAAAUCUUCAGUUCCCUCACAUAAUGCCCCUUUCUGAGGACAUCAAAGGCUCUUGCUUCCAAAGUGGGAGUAAACGGAGCCAUGACCCCUUCAUUGCUCCGGAGAGAUUUGGAAAUAGCAGCGUGGGCUUUGGCAGUAACUCUCAUUCCCAAGCACCAGAGAAAGUGACGCUUCUGGUAGAUGGCACACGAUUUGUUGUGAAUCCGCAAAUCUUCACUGCUCACCCGGACACCAUGUUGGGAAGGAUGUUCGGACCUGGAAGAGAGUACAACUUCACUCGGCCCAACGAGAAGGGAGAGUAUGAGAUUGCCGAAGGCAUCAGUGCAACUGUGUUUCGCACGGUGCUGGAUUAUUACAAAACUGGUAUCAUCAAUUGUCCAGAUGGCAUCUCUAUCCCAGACCUUAGAGAUACGUGCGAUUAUCUCUGCAUUAACUUCGACUUCAACACCAUCCGGUGUCAAGAUCUGAGUGCUUUACUGCAUGAACUGUCUAACGAUGGUGCUCACAAGCAGUUUGAUCACUACCUCGAAGAACUGAUCCUGCCCAUCAUGGUGGGCUGUGCCAAGAAAGGGGAGCGAGAGUGCCACAUCGUUGUGCUGACGGAUGAGGAUUCCGUGGACUGGGAUGAAGACCACCCCCCACCCAUGGGAGAAGAAUAUUCCCAAAUUCUUUAUAGCUCCAAGCUCUACCGAUUUUUCAAAUAUAUCGAGAAUCGCGAUGUCGCUAAAACAGUGUUAAAGGAACGGGGCCUAAAGAACAUUCGCAUUGGGAUUGAAGGUUACCCUACCUGUAAGGAGAAAAUUAAGAGAAGACCUGGCGGGCGGUCUGAAGUUAUCUAUAAUUACGUGCAGCGUCCCUUUAUCCAGAUGUCAUGGGAAAAGGAAGAAGGAAAGAGUCGCCAUGUGGAUUUCCAGUGUGUCCGAAGCAAGUCCCUUACUAACCUGGUAGCUGCGGGCGAGGACGUCCUGGAGGACCAGGAGAUACUAAUGCACCACCCACCCCAAGUGGAUGAGCUCGACCGGCUGAACGCCCCCCUUGCUCAGAUGGUUUCCAGUGACUUUCAGGAUUAGGGCCAUCAUGGGUCCACCCCUCGCCAGAGCACUUCUGAGUGGGCGCUCACCCUGACAUGCAUCUCCCUUGCCUUUGGCCUUCCCGUAGUUAACGUGUGUCCUUUUUGGUAAGUCUGCGCCUCUGGCAGGGGGUGAAGCAGCGCUCUGGUAAUCAGGCUGCCAGCUCAGGAGCAGCCCUGGGAACUUGGAAAUUUGGGGGUCUGGUGCUGUUCACUGAGUCUGCGUGACUGCAGAGGCAGGAAGCGAGGUCAGGCCUCCUCUUGCCUCGUAUUUAGCAAGCAGCCCUCGUCACCCUUUCUGCUCUGGUUUUUUGUUGUUGUUGUUGUUUUGUUUUGUAUCAGGCACACGCAUAGUAAGGGGCAAAGGGACCAAACGUAAAAAGAGACAAUCCCUUUUCUUACAAAAAAAAGCCAGCCCUGAGAUGCUCACAAGAGGUUCAUGAAAUGCCAGUCCUGGGGCCUUGUACCCAGACUGCAGCUAGAACAGGCUCGUUCGAACCUCAAAAGGGAACUCUCAAGCGCUGAAACGGUUUCCUCAUGAGUGCAGUGAAUAGUCCAGAACCACACAAGGCGGGCACCAGGCAAGUUCUCUGGCAGGAAGGAUGACUUAAUGACGUUCAUAAAACCUUUCUGGCUCCAAGGUUCAUGAUUGCUGACUGAUGUGGAGAGACGCCAGCGCAGGCCAGCCGCACUCUCCUGGCCGGCGCUGCUGCGCCCCGCGGGCGUGCGGUUUAAAGCCUGCGAGGGGCGGAGAGCGUCCCCACCAGUGCUCAGCGGCUGGGAUUCAGAAGGGCACGCAGGAGAGGCAUUUGGAGUGAAGCCGGGUGGGAAACAUCCCGGGCAGACUGUCCCAGGGCAGGACUUCUCCACAGGGUGCUUCUCAGACCAGGGAGUUUGGAAGAGGUCAGUGAAUUUCAGUUUUUAAAAUACCCCAGUAACUCCUCACACAUUGGCUGAGAAAAUGAGCCUGUAGUCCCCAGAGGCAGGGCAAGGCAAAGGGCAGUCAGGUGCAGGCCUUGCCGCGCGGUGGUGACAGUCCAGGUCGUCCCCUCCGACCCCACCUGCCCCGGACAUCUCUGGGUGUUAGCAGCAGACCUCAAUCUGGAGCCCCAAAUUAUCUCCCACUUUCUGGUCAGAGUCGCCCCACCACAGCGUUCGUGGGUUAUGAAUGGGUACAUGGUUUCCCUCCAGUUCCUUCACAUAAGAAUACGACUGGUUUUCUUAAAUUCCUUUCCUGUAAGAUGCCAUAGGGCAAGCUACUUGAUUCCUCCAAAAAUAAAGUUGGCGUGUUAAGAACCCCUUUUUCCUGGCUUGAGGAGUAAGAAAUUUGGGGGGGCCUGAAACUCUCAGCCAUCCUUCUGCCUCCACCUCCCAAGAGCGGCGCUCAGAGGCCUGCGCCCCUGCCCGGCUUAGCAGUGUUGUUCAGAGGGGACUUCUCCGUGCUUGUGGCCAGCAGCACAGUGGAGUGAGUGUUCUUUACUGGAAAAAGAGUAAGCACUUAAACAGCCACCUGGCACCUGGAGUUCUGACAGCCACUGGCGUCUCCGGGGCCGACGGCCAGGUAAGGUGAGGGCUACCUGUAACCAAGUGGCUCCUGUUUGAGGUCAGGUGUCCCUCGGCCUAGCCAGCACAUCCACACGCACCAGCAGCUGACCUGCCCAGGUGGCCCCGUAACGGUGCUUCCUUUACGCUUCUCCGUGGCUUCCAUGCCACUGGAAAGGAGAUCUGGACCUGAUAUUUGUGUUGGUGAUGUGAAAAACUUCUCGUUUAAGUGUAAACAUACCGUAGCUAACACUUGAGUUAGUUGUUCCUUAGAUACAAAGUUGUGUAAGUAGGGCAUACACUUGCCACUUGGUUCUGUGUAACUGAUACUCUCCUCCGGCUUUUAAGAGCUAGGGACCAUCGCCACCCUCUGAAUUCUUUGCCCGCAAGCAGUGGGGUGUGAGGAUGUGGAAAUCUGUGAAGUUAAUCUGUAAGUGUCAUCAGGUGGUGGUGACUACGUGAAAAGGGGCCACAGGCUCCUUCCGGGGGAGGUUUCUUCCGCACUCCCCUCCCGCCCCACCCCCUGCCUAGACCUUAGCGCCACUGUACCUUGGUGGCCAGUCAGUCCCUGCGGGAAUGAGGCCCAGGCUGCGGUCAUGCCCUUCACAGUCACUUGCUGGCCAGACAGGCAAAUGUGGAACUUGGGUCUGGUGUCUUUUCUAAGUGCCUAAAUAAGUAAGCCGGGCUGUUUAUACAUUUCUGUUUAUGCAGUGUCUCUGUGCUUCUCAGCAAGCCGAGACGACCCUGAAUUUGAGGUUUGGAAUCGAGUUUGUGUCUGCAUCGUAUCUUACAGUUGGUUAGGAAACAUCGGCCAGUGCAGGAGCAAGGAGACGGUGGUAAAGCUUGUCACGUUAUUUCAUGGUCUCUCCAAAGUGGAAGAAACGCUGGAAUGACAGCAAAAAGGAUAAGGAAGAUAGAAGGUAGCCGGGUUUCCCGCACAGUAUGAGAGCCAAAACUAUUUUAAACUGAACCUUGAGGACAAGUACGUUACUUAAUGUCUGCGGGUCUAUGAGUGUACCAUGAAUUACGCCCAGGAAGGGUGGGCUUUUCAGUUAGUGUUCCCAAGGGUCGGUCUUUAAAUACUCGGAGCACAGGCUUUAACUCGGUCAUAAGUGUAAUGUGAAGUCUUUUUUAGAAAUCCAGUUUCUGGUAAGGAUUCAAUGCCUCUUCUUGCCAUCACUUAGAAUGUUUAAACGGACAUAGCUCAGAAAGCAAAGCGAUGCCUUGGUAGGGGCGGAGCGCGCCGUGGGGGUGGGAUUGCCUUUGCGGGAAGGAGAGCCACAUCUUGUCCUCAAGGCAAAGUGCUUGCAGGUGUCGCCUCUUUACCUUGUAUUUACUUUUAAAGUUGCACUUGUUCACUGACCAGUGUUUACGAAAUCCUACAUUUGGGAUGCUUUUUUCUAUAAUAAAAUACUAUUAUUUGUG